AUGAAUAUUAUGUUUGUCGCUUCCAUUAGGAGUAGAUCUAUCAGUAGCGAUACAAUAAGAUCAUGGAGUGUUGGUAAAAUCAAUCAUGUAGCUAUUGCUGUCCCUGAUCUAGAGAAAGCAACUUCUCUUUACCGUGACAUACUGGGAGCUAAUGUCAGCAAAUCAACAUUACUGCAUCCAUUAGGGGAGAACAGCCCCAUUGAGGGAUUUUUAAAACGUAACCCAGCUGGAGGGAUACACCACAUCUGCCUUGAAGUUAGUGAUAUACAUAAAGCAAUUGAUUCAUUGAAGGGUAAAGUAAGAGCAUUGAAUCCAGAACCAAAAAUUGGUGCUCAUGGUAAACCAGUUGUGUUCGUACAUCCUAAGGAUUGUGAUGGAGUACUGGUUGAACUGGAACAAGAAUAA